GAAAUCCAUGUGUUGCUCUCAGAGUGAGUCAGACUCAGGUCCUCACCGCUUCUGCAAGAACAUGCACGACUGCCAGCUCAUUUAAACAAGCCAAGCGAGCGACAUCACAAAACUCUGAUUUAAGUAUGGCCGUUUUGGCAAAUCACAAACUUUGGCAAAGCGUGGAUUACUGCAGAAGACUGAUGGUUUUACCACUGGAGAACACAGAGAGACUCAUGACAUCCAAAUAUCCUCAUUUUUGUGUUUGAAUUGUGCAGACAUGGAUUCUCUAUACAUCGCUAUUGAGCUCGUGAUCGCGGUGCUGUCAAUCAUCGGUAACGUACUCGUGUGCUGGGCCGUGGCCAUCAACUCGACUCUCAAAAACGCCACAAAUUAUUUCCUGGUGUCACUGGCCGUUGCUGAUAUUUUGGUGGGUUGUCUCGCCAUCCCCUUCGCCAUCACUAUAAGCAUCGGUCUGCGCUCAGACUUUUACGGAUGUCUGUUUCUGGCUUGUUUUGUUCUUGUAUUGACACAAAGUUCAAUAUUUAGUCUUCUGGCGGUGGCUAUCGACAGAUAUCUGGCUGUUAAAAUUCCCCUGAGGUAUAAGGAGCUCGUCACAGGGAAAAGAGCGAGAAAAAUCAUCACCAUUUUAUGGAUCUUAUCCUUUAUCAUCGGACUCAUCCCGUUUGUGGGUUGGAAUCGGAGAAAGACUUCCUGUUGUGGAAACGAGAGCCAUUCGGCACAGACCGGCAAUGUCAGCGACACGACCGUGGCAGAAACGAGCUCCCGGCAGAGCUGCCACCUUGAGUGCUUUUUCGAAAACGUUGUGGACAUGAGCUACAUGGUGUAUUUCAACUUUUUCGGCUGCGUGCUGCCACCCCUGCUCAUCAUGCUGGGCAUCUACGCCAAGAUCUUUACUGUGGCACGCAAGCAGCUGCGUCAGAUCGAACUAAAGUGCAGCGUGAGCAGCGGCGACAACCAACACCGCGGCUUGCUGCAGCGUGAGAUCCGCGCCGCCAAACUGCUGUCUAUCAUCGUGGGCUUGUUUGCUCUGUGUUGGCUUCCGGUGCACAUCCUGAACUGUCUCACUCUCUUCUACAGAGAGCUGGAGAAGCCCAGCUUUGUCAUGAACAUCGCCAUCUUACUCUCUCACGCCAACUCCGCCAUCAAUCCCAUUAUCUACGCCUACCGCAUUCGGGAGUUCAGAGUGACCUUCAGGAGGAUCCUGAAGCGCCAUUUCUUUUGUCGACGGGAUGACUUGCAUCUCAGAUCCAACGGUAGCAGCAGUAAUAGAGACACAGAGAUCACAAUGACCAUCGACCCCCUACUAUAGAUGUGUAUGGUAUGUGUAUGGAGAUAAAUGUUUACAGACCAAAGAACUGCAAAUGGAAGAUGUCUACAAUGCAAAGACCAUGUUUCCGAUGCCAUGGACGCUUCUAGACGCUUUCAGGAUUUCAUGUUGAACUGUGAAAAUAACUCUUUUAUCACUACAAAUAUUUGGAAAUAUUUAUAGACCUUUAAAACCCGACCAAGCACUAAGAAACUUGAGGCGCCGUCUCCUUCCAAACACUAAGUGGCCAGUUUGACUCUGUAAACGUUACGCAGAGGGUAUACGAAUAGGAUAUACCUGAUUUAGUGGGCAGCUUUGGCGAAACCACAGACUGCUUUGGAAGAACAGCCCACUGGAAUCAAAACUGAAUCUGAAACGCUGUGUUAUAAUAAGUGUAUUUAAAAGUGCCAUGCUUGAAUUUAUUAGGACCUUUGAUGUUUUUGCUAUGACCAAGAUGGUUGAUUUAGAUUGCUCAGGAAUACACACGAGGUAAGAAAAACCUUUUUGAGACCCCGAAAAAGAAAGAAAAUUAACCAUGUCGGACAAAGCCGGUGAGAGAAAUCAAUCUACUUUUGGUCUUUGUGUCGUUUAAAUGACAUGUAUACAGAGAGGUUAAGGCCCAUUCACACCAAACACGAUAACUAGGGGCAUAGGCGCCGAUCCCAAAAUGCCCGAGCACCCACGGAAAAACGCCAGAUAUGGUCAAUUAAUUUGAAUUAAAAAUUAUUUGAAUUUGGGAGACUCCUUCACAUUUCGCUACUAUAAGCUAUACGUGCAGCUUUCCUCUUCAUUUCCAAAGCAUCUGGGGAUCCCGUAGCAUCCGCUGUUGCUAAGCAACCUGCUAACGUUGAGAAGCGUUGCAUGCCGAGCACCCACUGGCUGAAGAAGAAAUCUGCGCACAUGACUGUAGGUGCGUAUAUCGCAAUUACAAGAUUUUAAUGCACGUCCUCGUAGAGUUUGCAUUACAGAUUAAAGACUGAGAGUUUUACGGCGUCAACCUCACGCAAAAGCACUUUUAAUAUGGUAUUAUCGUUACCCCACGCGCUUUCUGUGUUCUGAAAUAUUUAGCAGACACAUUCAAAUGUAAUUUUAUGCUGUAAUUAUGUAUGUCACGAAUGCCAAAAAUAUUCUUUCGACGUGUCGUCGUUUUGA